UACUUUAACAUCAGAUACAAGCCAACGUAAAAUAUGGCAACCAAAGAAGAAGUACCUUUGAAAAAACAACAAAAGGAAACAGCAAAAAAAACAUUAAAAGGGAAAAUAUUAUAUAUCAAGGACAACAUAACAAUAGAACCCAUUUUCAUCAUGUAUGUUUUGACUGGUACCUUAGGAAAACUAGCCACUCAAAAUUUGAAUCUUGAUAAAGCUUGUAGAGUUAACUUUGAAUAUGGUGACAAAGUGUGUGAUGCUCUGAUUGCAAAGGAAGGAACGAUGUACCAGCAAGAAGAACUGGCUAUACAGGAACUUGUUGCGUCAAUGGAAGCAUGGAAGAAUUUUAUUUUGACCGCAAUUCCAAGUUUAUUUAUCCUGUUUAUAGGGGCAUGGAGUGACAGAACUUGAAAUAGAAAAAUAUGUAUUCUACUCCCAAUAGUCGGAGAAUUACUGUCGUGUUUAAGUUGCUUACUUAACGUAUACUAUUUCAAGGAGCUACCAGUACAAGUGGCUAUGUUCUUUGAAGCAUUUUUUCCAGCUAUAACCGGUGGUUGGACCACGAUUUUCAUGGGAGGUUUUAGUUACAUUAGUGAAAUAUCUAGCGAAGAAACGAGAACGUUCAGAGUGGGUCUUACAAACCUUUGCUUAACUGCAGGAGGGCCUAUCGGAACGGCACUUAGUGGUAUAUUGUUAAAAUAUACUGGAUAUUAUGGAGUUUUUGCAACAUGUAGUCUCUUGUUUUGCUUUAGUAUUGGUUUAGGACUGCUUUGCAUUAAACAUCCAGAAAAAUCAACAGCUACCAAAAAAAAGGAUAAAGUUGGCAUUGGUGGAUUUCUACAAACAUUUUUUGAUAUUAAUCAUGUCAAAGACACCAUGACCGUUGCAUUCAAAUCAGGACCUAAUAAACGAAGAACAAAAUCCAUUCUCAUCUUGAUUUCGAUUGUUUUUGUAUUCGGACCGUGGAAUGGAGAGGCCACGAUACGCUACCUAUUCACUCGGUUCCGCUUCAACUGGGAUGCUCUCAAAUUCAGCAUUUAUAAUACUUUCCACAUUACCAUACAUGCGUUCGCUACCGUAGUAGCAAUCAGUUUAUUUAGUCGGAGAUGGCAAUGGGGAGAUCCAGUGCUUGGCCUCAUAUCAAAUGCCAGCAAAAUCAUGGCCGCUAUAACAAUAGGUCUUUCUAGAAAUCCCUCGGAUAUGUACAUUUCUGCAGUUAUAGAAAUGUUCAACGGGAUUUCGUUUACUUCUUUAAGGUCAAUGUCGUCUAAGCUUGUUUCCAAUGAUGAAUUGGGGAAAAUGAUUUCAGUGUUCAAUUUAACAGAGAUAUUAACUUCCAUGGUGUUCGGACCUCUGUAUUCGUGGAUAUACAUGGUGUCUCUAAAAAUCGAUUCUGGUAUUAUUUUUUACUGUAGCACUGUGCUGACGGUGCCACCAGUUAUCAUUUAUAUCUGGUUUUACAGGCAAGACAAAAAGGAAGCAGCUAAGAACAAAACUGAAAUUUUGAGCGAUAAAGAAAAAGACUGUGAGCAAGUAUUUAUUAAACCCAAAAAUGAACCUAUUGACGAAUGAAAGUUGAUCUUAUUUAUUGUUAUGGAUUAUAUUUUUACUUAGGUACCUAC